UAUCGUACCGCAGUGCAGGAAGUGUAGGUAGAUCGGGAAAGAAACCGACGACCGCGCUGCAGAAAUGUCCGCCGCAACACCGACGUGCGCCGCCGCUGCAUUUUUGGUUAAGCUACUAGGUCUCUCCCUCAUCGUCUGUGCCUGCGCGCAGGAUCCUGUAGACCCGCCACAACCAUACAGUUUCGGUUUCGAGAACGUUGACGAGUACGGAACACAGCUGUACCACAAAGAACAAGGUGAUGCGAGCAAUGCAAAGAAGGGCUCGUAUGGGUAUAGAGAUGCUGCAGGCCUCUUCAGGCGUGUCGAGUACGUGGCUGACCUUAACGGAUACCGGGCCACCGUGGAUACCAACGAACCGGGAACGGCACCUGGCCAGACCGGCGACACCCUUUUUAACGCCAACCCAAUCGUCGUACCCAUCUCCAAGUCGGCUUCCGCCCCUGUGCCAGCAUUUGCACCGAAACCAGCCGGAGCUGGUAGUAUCCAGUUACCGUGGACCAUUUAAGAUUGCUGCUACGAUUAUUAGGAGAAUAGCAAAUAGCAACAAAUAUUCUGUCAAAAGAGCGAUCACCUUUGAAUAACGUAGUCUCUCCGACGUUAUAGCGAAAGAGCCUCAAGAAAGUGAAUUGUCGGGUUGAAGGCAUUUUUACUUGCAAGUCACAUGAUUAUGCUUAUAUGACACCCUUGCUAUCAUAUACCUUGAAUAUGACUUUGACAGGCGUAUUUCUUAGGUUCUAUUAGUUGUGCCACGCGAUUCGCUCCGGAUGCUUCAUUUUGUUUCUUGUAUUAUCUACCCAUACAUGUCAGGUCUUAUCACUGCACCUCCAGAACUUUAUUUUCACUUACUUCCAAUGUAGAUGUCGCGCGCUAUUGUGCUGCCAUUUGUUGUAAAGAUGCUGUAUGUGUUACGUUGUUGUGCAAUUGUCAUUGUGAUUGUUGUUGCUAAAUAAACGGUACAUUGUAAAUUUGUGA